GCGGGACAGGCACCCAGGCCAGAGGAUGCUGCCAGCCCUGUGCGCAUCCCGCCCGCGGAGGCAGGAGGCCGCGGCCCGGCGCGAACUACAAGUCCCAGCAUGCCCCGCGCGGCCGCGCGGCGCCCCAGAGCGCGGCGCUCGCCGGCGGCCAAUGGGCAGAGGCCAGGGCGGGGUCUCGGCGGAGUGCGUGGUGACGCGCGGCGGCGACGUCGGGGUUUGUGUGCGCGAGCGGCCGCCGAUAAAGGUUGGGUGCCGCGCGCCGGGGCCCGCGGGGCGGGAGCGCGCCCCCGCCCCUCCCCCGCCCCUUCCCGCCGCGCCGCCCGGAGCUCCACCUUCCCGGCGUCCCCCGCGGGCCGGCUCUGGGGCGCAGCGGCUCGCCCCCCUAGUCGGGGCUGCAGGUGUGAUGGUGGGCGCGCACGCGGCCAUGGCGCCCGCCUCCACGGCGGAGGGGGCGGCGGAGAAGCCGGAGAAGCCGGGCCCCGCAGCCCCCGGCGCGGCCGCCUCGCAGUACGAGUGCGGGGAGUGCGGGAAGUCCUUCCGCUGGUCGUCGCGGCUCCUGCACCACCAGCGCACCCACACCGGGGAGCGGCCCUACAAGUGCGCCGACUGCCCCAAGGCCUUCAAGGGCUCGUCGGCGCUGCUGUACCACCAGCGCGGCCACACGGGCGAGCGGCCCUACCAGUGCGCCGACUGCCCCAAGGCCUUCAAGCGCUCGUCGCUGCUGCAGAUCCACCGCAGCGUGCACACCGGCCUGCGCGCCUUCACCUGCGGCCAGUGCGGCCUGGCCUUCAAGUGGUCGUCGCACUACCAGUACCAUCUGCGGCAGCACUCGGGCGAGCGGCCCUACGCCUGCCCCGACUGCCCCAAGGCCUUCAAGAACUCGUCCAGCCUGCGGCGCCACCGCCACGUGCACACGGGCGAGCGGCCCUACGCCUGCGGGGUCUGCGGCAAGAGCUUCACGCAGAGCACCAACCUGCGGCAGCACCAGCGCGUGCACACGGGCGAGCGCCCCUUCCGCUGCCCGCUCUGCCCCAAGACCUUCACGCACUCGUCCAACCUGCUGCUGCACCAGCGCACGCACGGCGCCGCCCCGGGCCCGCAGCCGCCGCCCCUCCCGCUGCAGGAGCCCUCGGGGCCCAGGGUCCCCUCCGCGGGCCCCGCCGCCGCCACCCCCGCCGUCCCCGUCCCCGCAGCGGCGCCCGUGGCCUUCCUGUCCGCCCCCAGCCCGCCCGCGCCCACGCCGCCCGCGCCCCCGCCCGUGGUGCCCGAGCUCUUCCUGGCGGCGGCCGAGACCGCGGUGGAGCUGGUCUGCCGAUGCGCCGGCUGCGAGCUGGCCUUCGGCAGCGAGGAACAGCUCCUGCAGCACCAGCCCUGCCCCGGACCCGCGGUGCCGCCCGCGCCGCAGGAGGCCGUCCCCGACCCGCUGGGGACCGAGCUGCCCGCGCUGCUCCAGCCGGGCCCCACGCAGGCCGCCGCCCCCGCGGCCCCGGGGUUCGCCUGCCUGCCCUGCGGGAAAGCCUUCCGCACCGUGGGCGGCCUCUCCCGCCACCAGCACAGCCACGCGCCGGCCAGCGGCCAGGCCUUCCGCUGCGGCAGCUGUGACGCCGCCUUCCCGCAGCUCUCCAGCCUCCUGGCGCACCAGCAGAGCCACGUGGAGGAGGCGGCGGCGGGGCGGCCGCCCCCGCAGGCCGAGGCGGCCGAGGUCACCUGUCCCCAGGAACCCCCCGCGCCCACCACGCCCAACCCCGCGCCUGCUGCUCCCGCUGCCACCGCCGCCGAGCGGCCCUACAAGUGUGCGGAGUGCGGGAAGGCCUUCAAGGGCUCCUCUGGGCUGCGCUACCACCUGCGGGACCACACGGGCGAGCGGCCCUACCAGUGCGGCGAGUGCGGCAAGGCCUUCAAGCGCUCGUCGCUGCUGCAGAUCCACCAGCGCGUGCACACCGGCCUGCGCGCCUUCACCUGCGGCCAGUGCGGCCUCACCUUCAAGUGGUCGUCGCACUACCAGUACCACCUGCGGCUGCACUCGGGCGAGCGGCCCUACGCCUGCGGCGAGUGCGGGAAGGCCUUCCGCAACACUUCGUGCCUGCGGCGCCACCGCCAUGUGCACACGGGCGAGCGGCCGCACGCCUGCGGGGUCUGCGGCAAGAGCUUCGCGCAGACGUCCAACCUGCGGCAGCACCAGCGUGUGCACACGGGCGAGCGCCCCUUCCGCUGCCCCCUCUGCCCCAAGACCUUCACGCACUCGUCCAACCUGCUGCUGCACCAGCGCACGCACUCGGCCGAGCGCCCCUUCGCCUGCCCGGUGUGCGGCCGCGGCUUCGUCAUGGCGGCCUACCUGCAGCGCCACCUGCGGACUCACGCCCCCGCCGGGCAGCCCGCCCCCGCCCCCGCCCCCGCCCGGCUGGCUGCGGCUCCGGCCGCCUCUCCGGCCACCCAGGACGUCCACGUCCUCCCCCACCUGCAGGCCACGCUCUCCUUGGAGGUGGCAGGGGGCUCGGCCCAGGGCCCAGGCCCGGCUCCCAACUCGCAGGCGUUUCUCCUGGUGCAGACCGCACAGGGGCUGCAGCUCAUCCCCAGCCGCGUGCAGCCGCCCCCGCUCCCGCCCCCGCCGGCCCCCCCCAAGCUCAUCCUGCUGCCCUCCAGCACCCCUGCGGGGGGGAAUGGCCACCAGGGCCAGCGGGUGGUGGGGAAAGCUGGGCAGGCUGCUGGGGUGGUCUGGCUGCCCGGGCCUGGGGCGCUGGGGGUGCAGGGAGGGGGCAACUCGGGGGUUAGUGGGGGAGGGCAGGGCCUCAUUGUUUUACAGAAUGUGGGGGGUGGGAACUCGGGGCCUCAGGAAGUGAGUCGAGUGCAGCUGCUGCCCCUCCGGCCGGCCCAGGAGGUGACCACGGUCCAGCUGCAGCCAGCCCAGGAGGUGACCACGGUCCAGCUGCAGCCUCUCCAGCCGGCCCAGGAGGUGACCACGGUCCAGCUGCAGCCGGCCCAGGAGGUGACCACAGUCCAGCUGCAGCCUCUCCAGCCGGCCCAGGAGGUGACCACGGUCCAGCUCCAGCCCCUCCGGCAGGCUCAGGAGGUGACCACGGUCCAGCUGCAGCCGGCCAAGGAGGUGACCACGGUCCAGCUCCAGCCCCUCCGGCAGGCCCAGGAGGUGACCACGGUCCAGCUCCAGCCCCUCCGGCAGUCCCAGGAGGUGACCACGGUCCAGCUGCAGCCUCUCCAGCCGGCCCAGGAGAUGACCACGGUCCAGCUGCAGCCACUCCGGCCGGCCCAGGAGGUGACCACGGUCCAGCUGCAGCCCCUCCGGCCGGCCCAGGAGGUGACCACGGUCCAGCUGCAGCCUGUGGCAGGCCAGCUGUCCAAUUCCAGCGGGGGGACCAUGGCCACGGAGGGCCCCAACCUGCUGGUGGUUCAGAGUGGGGCGGCCGAGGAGCUGCUGGCGGGCUCAGGCCCCGGGGAGGCGGGGGACGGCGAGGCGGACGGCGGUGUGGUGCAGGACGUGCUUUUCGAGACUCUGCAGACGGACGACGGCCUGCAGAGCGUGCUGGUGCUGAGCGGGGCGGACGGGGAGCAGACGCAGCUCUGCGUGCAGGAGGUGGAGGCCCUGCCUCCCGCCCUGGCCGAGCCGCCGGCCCCGGGGCCUCAGGGCCAGAAGCUGCUCAUCAUCCGCGCGCCGGCCUCGGAGCUGCUGGAGGGCGCGGGCGGUGCCGCCACGCUGCAGCUCCUGGCCCCGCAGCCCCCCGCGCCCGCUCCCGCCGUGCCGCAGGUGGUGCAGGUGCUGCCCGCGGGCGCUGCGCCCGGCGCCCCGGCGCCCCAAAGCCUGCCGGCCAUCCAGAUCGUGCAGGCCAUGCCCGCCGUGCAGCUGGUGCACACCUUCUGAGCCCGCAACCCUGGGCGGGUUCUAAUAAACGCCACGACCCUU